AUGAUUGUCCUUAGGCUUCGAUCAAUUGCGUACUGAACCUAGUAUCAAACGGUAGUACUACGUAGUACAUCUAGCCACCAAGUGCUUCUCCAGUCUACACCGCUUGACUCGUAAUGUCUUUCGGCGAGGUUGUACACUACGUGACCCAGCCUACAGACUGGCCUGAACCAGUGCGCAGUAUUGUUUCCUUGUUGUCACCCUUCCACUGUCCCGACAGGCCAAGUAACGAGCAUUUUACGAGCGCGUCGUCCUCGACGUUCUCAGAGCCACUCGUUUCCAAUGAAGCACCUGCACCGGGAUCAUAUACUGCAAAGGAUUUUCAGGUCUUGAUUCACUCCACAGCUGCAGGGUUAAGCGCACUUGCUGAGCUUCCUCACUACGGUGGCGAGAGAUCUACCGUUCCCCUUUGGUCUCAGCUUCUCCAUGCACUAGCAAACACGCUGUCUCCAGAUGUUCUAAUUUUCGAAGAUGCACCGUUCAUCAUGCCACGGGCUCAGAACGUGACGAGUCAGCCGUCAAAUCUCAUCGAAGGACAUGCGACCCUUCUUGCUGCACAUGCCAUCUUUUCUACGCCUAGAACUCAUUCAGACAGAUCCACCACCAGCUCACAAUAUGAGGACUCGGAAGACAUGGAUGAAUCGAUAUAUUCCGCAGACUCUGACUCGUGCGAUGGUUCAAUUGGCUCACUCGACCUUCCCUUGCAAGCGCACAUGCUUCCGGGUCGAGGCAGACGCCUUUCCGCUGUGGUGCCAGUCUUACUAGUCGCCGACUCCCGUAAUAUCGUUCCCCUACUUUGCAGUGCUCUUUACCAGAGACAUGUGUGGGGGAUCCGUCAGCCUGUGGUCGGUCUGUGCUGUUCCAGCACAGGUACGAUUGCAACGGCCAUCUUCGGGUGGCUCGACUCCGAUCAGUCAGAAGAAGGCCACAUGCCUACAGCCCACCUCGCUUUAGCAGCAGAUAUCCGCCUAGAUCCCUCGAUGGGGGUGUUUGACUUCACCGACACCCGUUCUGCCAUCAGCCUCGCGCAAUUCGUUUUGGGGUUGCGGACUCAUUCUCAAGAUAUCAAGGGUGCCAUAUCGAUAGAAGCAGUCGAUUCUCUGACUCCGUUGCACUGGAGAUCCGAUUUACCCGACUUUGAAACUCAGUUUUGGGGACAAUCGAACGAACGAGUGGCGUCCUGGACCCACCAGAUACACGCAUCAUCCUCAUCUAGUCCUCGUACACCGUCCCCGACCUUGGAUACUGCGGUUGUAUCAUAUGAAACGAUGAGCUCUCCCUUGCUUCGUACCAUCGUGGAGGAUGAACAAGUUGAUGGCGCCAAUAUCCGGCUGCCCCAGGAGACCCGCGCGACGAACGUGAAAGGACGAGGAAGAAGAUCACGAUCAUCUUCCUUAAACAUCUCUUCAAAGAGGACCAGUCCAUCGCCACGGCCGCCACCGGAGGUUAGGACUUCGACCUCAUCGCGUGCACCCAGUCCAUACCCAAACUCUCAAUUUGCCGCUUUGUCUGAUACCGGCCUGGAGGACAGUGUGUCAAUAUCUAAUUGGCUGUUUGAACGCCAUGCGUUCACAGUCGGUCGGAUCCCAGUUAGCUCUGAAGAACUGGCGAAUAAGACCGGAAUUAACGCAAUGAUCAAAAUAUACGAUCAAAUGACGGCGUUUACUUGGUCUGACGACAUUAAAACCAUACUCUCGAAUGCCGAGGCAGAUAGCUUUGUAUCAACCACGAGAUCAGAACUGUGCGACAGGAAUGGCGAUCCCAACUGUCAGUCCAGCACAAUCGAUGCUCCCUCGUCGGAGGAUAUCGAGUUUAUUUCAUGCCGUAUUUCGGCACUGUUGCACGCUGUAAAAGGUGCUCGCCGGUGUGAUGAUGUCGCAAAGUUGCACGGCGCCAACGAAGCCGAUCGGCGUCACGAAUGGGAUGCUCUGCUUCUCAACUUCUUCCAACCUGUUCUCGGCCAACGGGAUGUGUUGCUAGAGCGACAACUAAACUUCACUCGUAAUCUCGCUGCCGAUGACUCCUCCUUCGCGACACGAGCCGUCAAGGUCGCUCUCGAAUACCGGAACCUCUGUCUUGAACAAGACGAGUGUGUCCCUCUCACCACAGAGACCAUUGGCAGUUGGAACCAGGCUAUGGCAGCGCGAGAUCAAGCAAUGCAAUUUUAUGACGAUAUUAAGCGUCGCACCCUGAAUGGGAAUUCUGUUGAAGUGAUUGCAUGUCACUCCUCUGAGGAUCCGAUCACUGGACAAUGUGAUGCCAUCCUCGUCAUUCCAUGUUCCGGCGUCGCUAAUGCGAUGCUCCGGCGCAUAUCUAAUAUCGACGAGCAAGAAAAACUUAUGAAAUCCUUCAUACUAGUCCAGGGUCCAAAGCCGGAGAAGCUUGGCGCAAGUACGGGGGAAACCUCAUACCAGAUCGCAAAGACCGUCGGUCACAGCCGAAGGACCACAUCCGGCAAAUCACUUCAGGUCCCCUCCUCUUCUCGCGUAUCGGAAUCCAGAAAAAUCGAUCGAAAACAGUUGCACAACCCAAAAAAAGAAACAAUACCUUCCAAGGGUACAUCCUGUGACGAACCCAGUGGACAGGACCUACUACUACCAGUGUUGUUGGUCGAGUACAAGAAGAGGGACGAGUCCACAAUUUCGACGGCCAUGAACCAGAUGAAGACGUACCUGGUUUCGGCGGUUACCUUCCUUUCUGAGUUCGGUAUCACAGACCAGCCCGUCUUUGGACUGGUUGUUAAUGGCCCGCUUGGUGCAAUUACGAUGGCAUGGAAGAGAAACAAUCGAAUCUACGUGAUGGAACGCAAUGUCCGACACUAUGACAUCAGGGACCCUCUUCAGGCACUGCAGUUUGUGUCAAUUCUACCGCGCCUCGCGCGUCACGGCCUGGGCCUCCGCCGUCUACUAGAGAAGCAGCUCGCGACCAUAGAUGUGAACCAACUUCAAUCCAAACUGUGGUCCAAGUUGGCUCAACGGCAGGAAGAUAAGGCGGCUAAGCAGACAGAAUCGGAGAAAGCGGUCGCACAAGAUUGCAGAAUUGAAGGCGGUGCAGAGAGGAAAUAGAAAUUGGAGUAUUGUUGAAAUAUGUACGACACAAGUGGAACGUGAUAGUCUUUUUUUUUGUACUCAUUUACAAUACUAUACGUUUUGCUUCGCACUUGGAAUAUCACCUGGCUAGUGCAAGU